CCUCCUCGCAUCAGAUCCAUCUCUUGCCCAUCCCCACAAGCGACGCCUUCCGCCCCUUCCAUGAAUCGAAGGACUCGAUUUUUCCCCCAACAAAGUCGACCACAAACCCUAAUGCCUGCCUCCUCCUCUUUCUUGGGCUUUUCGAGGGCUUCAUCUCUCAAAGAUUUGGCUUCUGUUGGUGUAUGAACUGUUCCUGGAGUUAUUGCGUUUGGGGCUUCAUCUUGGUGAUGUCUUGUGGCUCCUCAGACCCACCCACAUACUGUUCAGCUGCUUCCCCUGAGCUCAAGCUCUACCAGGCUUUCAUCUUUUCCGUGCCAGUCUUCUUCACAUUCAUCCUGCUCCUCUUAUUCUACUUGUCCUACUUGCGGCGGCGGCGAGCGCAUUGGCAGUCCUUGAGGCUGAGAGCCUCCCAGAUGGGUAGAGGAGACGUGCCGAGAAGUUCAGAAUCGGGCAUAAAAAAAGAAGUCAGAGAGAUGCUUCCGGUCGUCGUUUUCAAGGAGAGCUUUUUGAUCAGAGAGACACAAUGCUCUGUGUGCUUGGGGGACUACCAGUCAGAUGAACGCCUCCAGAGGAUACCCCCAUGUGGGCACACGUUUCAUGUCGAUUGCAUUGAUCACUGGCUUGCAACCAACACAACUUGUCCUCUCUGCCGAGUCUCGCUUCUUCCAGCUACCAAAUCCACUGCUAGCGACUUCUCAGAUCAUGCAGUUGAAGUUGAACAAGGGAGCUUAGAAGAACAAUCAUCAGAGAGGCCAACCAAUUCGGGAUUUGUUAACUCCCAAAUUGAAGCAGCUGAGGAGCAGAGAGAUGGUGCUGAUGACCUCAUCUGUGUUAGAAGAGAAGCUCAACAACUUCGGCAUGAUGAGGAAGGAUCGGUGUCGAACGUCAUCAAAGCUGAUGGCAGUGUUUGAGGUACGUCUUCAGUGUGUAAGUCCACUAUGAAAUGUAUUUGAAAUAAUGGGGCAUUUCCAAAUGUAUCAACCACCACAACUGCAUGCUUUGAGUAGUGAAUUAUGAUGUUACAAAUCAUAUUUGUCACGAUUGAAACAAGUUAUGUUCCUGGGCUAUAUCGGCAUUGUAGUUAUUUAACUUGACAUUGUUUUUUAUUUUCUU